AAGUAGUCGCUAUAUAUCUGCUCGCUCACAGAAAUUUGAGAAAACAGUCUUGUCGUGGCCGGGGACAUUUAUACAUGGUUAUCCAUCACUUGGAAUACGGACACUUAUAAGUCCCUCACCACAACACAUUUUCAGAAAUGACCUGUGUUCAAAGUCAACAUGGAGUCCAGACCUAUGAGAGCUCCCUCUUCAGCUCAGAGUUUUUGAAUCCUGACUUCACCUCCAGGUUGGCUAUGGAUGUGACUGACCAGCGGGACCAGCUCUCCACACCCUCCCUACCCAGCAUCACCUCUCUGGUCGGAGGCUACGUUGGGGAGUUUGAUACCUACUCAUGCCAGAUCGCCACGGGAGCUGCUUCUGCCUGUCCGGGCGGCACCUCCGGGCAGGACUUGUUCAAGCUGGACGACCUCCAGGUGUACGGCUGUUACCCAGGCACAUUCGCUUUGAGUUACCUAGACGAGACGCUGUCCUCUUCAGGUGGGUCAAACUGCUUUGGAAGUCCAGCUUCUGUGCCAUCGCCCUCUACCCCGGGAUUCCAGCCCAUGUCUGCCUGGGACAGCACCUUUAGUCCCUGCUCCCCUGAUGAGGGCUGCUGGGGUUCAGAGAAGCCUCUGAACCAGGCCACAUCUUUCUUCACGUUUGGGCACGACGAGCUUUCUCCUUUGGGACAGCUCCAUCCACAACACCCAGAUCAGGAUCCCUUUUCUCAUUCCCAGCAACAUGGUUCUCCACUUCCCUUCAGCCCACUCAGCCUGGAGCAGGGCAGUCGGGAUGGCUCAGGACUAAUGGAUGGACACCUGUCUCCUAAAGUAAGGAGCCCCACAGGAAACGAAGGACGCUGUGCAGUGUGUGGAGACAAUGCUUCCUGUCAGCAUUACGGGGUGCGCACCUGUGAAGGAUGCAAAGGCUUUUUCAAGCGCACAGUACAGAAAAACGCCAAGUAUGUUUGCCUCGCCAACAAAGACUGCCCAGUGGACAAAAGGCGGAGAAACAGGUGCCAGUUCUGCCGCUUCCAAAAGUGCCUAGCUGUGGGAAUGGUGAAAGAAGUUGUGAGAACAGACAGCCUGAAAGGUAGAAGAGGUCGUCUGCCGUCCAAGCCAAAAGUGGUUCAGGACUCAUUGUCUGUCUCUUCACCUGUAAACAUCAUCGCCUCUCUCAUCACUGCCCAUAUCGACUCAAACCCUGCCAGUGGAAAUCUAGACUAUUCAAAGUAUCAGGAAUCGGUAUCCGGAUUGUCUGAGAAGGAGGAUGCCAAUGACAUACAGCAGUUUUAUGACCUGCUAACAGGGUCAAUGGAUGUGAUCAGGAAGUGGGCUGGAAGCAUUCCUGGAUUCAGUGCCUUCUGUAAGGAGGACCAAGAGCUUCUUCUUGAGUCAGCAUUUAUUGAGCUCUUCAUACUUCGGCUAGCUUACAGGUCAAACCCUGAGACAGACAAACUUAUUUUCUGCAAUGGUGUGGUUCUGCACCGGACACAGUGCGUACGAAGCUUCGGUGACUGGAUUGACUCCAUUAUGGAGUUUUCUCAGAGUUUACACCGCUUGAACUUGGACGUAUCGUCUUUCUCUUGUCUUGCCACACUGGUCAUAAUCACAGAUCGACACGGCUUGAAAGAACCCAAACGGAUCGAAGACUUCCAAAACCGCCUGAUCACGUGUCUCAGAGACCAUGUCUCCACAAGUACUGGUGAGGCCACCCGGCCCAACUACCUGUCCAGACUCCUGGGCAAACUUCCGGAGCUGAGAACACUGUGCACCCAGGGCCUCCAGCGAAUCUUCUAUCUUAAACUGGAAGACUUGGUCCCUCCUCCACCCAUUGUGGAUAAAAUCUUCAUGGACACAUUGCCAUUCUGAAGAGGUUUUAUAAAUGGACAACUGGAGUGACUUAAACAGAUGAAAGAGAUGGAUAUGAGAGGUUUGGGGAGCUCUUGAGUGUUUGACUAGUCACAGGACUUUAUCGCUUACUGUUCUCUGCUUUCUUGGAAUGGAAUCACAGAACGAUUACAUUCUACUUAUGUCUGCAUUUGGAGACCUUUAUCACAGACCUUUAUCAAGUCUUCAACAUUGAACUCACUAA